GCUGCGGAGGUGAUGGGCGGCCCGGGAGGAAUGACUAAAUCUGUAGUGCCUCUGUUAGUUGAUCACAAUAAAAUUGUACCUCACCUUGGACGCAGAGACGCUCUUUCCUCCCUAGUUGCCUCAACAGGAGAAACAGUUUUACUUCUGGAUAUUUUUGAGGUUUCUUGGUGUCUCUGUGGAGUCCCUGGGCCAGACCCCAUAGCGAAGGCUGCAGGAUCUUCUCCGGCCCCAGCAGCUCUGGUUGAGUCCACAGACCCUGCCUGGCCUCAGGCUCCUGGGAAGAGCAGAGUUGUCAGCAAGAGAGCCCGAGGGCUGAGGCCCAGCCGGAACAUGCCAGCUAACCAGAAUUCUCCCGGGCCAUCCCUGGCCCUGACUGCAGGGGGACGUGACAACUCCUGUGAGGUAUCAGUGUCAUUCGAGGAUGUGACUGUGGACUUCAGCAGGGAGGAGUGGCAGCAACUGGACUCCACUCAGAGGCGCCUCUACCAGGAUGUAAUGCUAGAGAACUACAGCCACCUGCUCUCAGUGGGAUAUGAAGUUCCCAAACCAGAGGUCAUCUUCAAGUUGGAGCAAGGAGAGGAGCCAUGGAUUUUGGAGGGAGAAACCCCACAUCAGAGCUGUUCAGAUGGGAAAUUUGGGAUUAAGACCUCCCAAAAAAGAAUUUCUGGAAAAGCUUCAUUUCAUAGUGAAAUGGAGGAUGAAGAUACAAGAGAUGAUUCAUUGUAUUCCAUUUUAGAAGAACUGUGGCAAGAUGCCGAACCAAUAAAAAGAUAUAGGGAAAAACAGAACAAACCACUGAGUCAUGCAGCUUUCAUCAAUAAGAAAAUAUUGAAUACAGAGUGGGAUUAUGAAUGUAAAGACAGUGAAAAAUUUGUUCAUCCAAGCCCAAAUCAUGUUUCUUCACAGAAACGACCCCAUAAAUAUGACUCAUUUGGAAAGAAUUUUAAGCAUAAUUUAGAUUUACAUUUUCAUAGUAAAAACAAUGCAACAAAGAACUUUGAUAAAAUUAUUGGACGUGGUCAAGUUUUCACCCAGAGCUGCUCUUAUACUAACCAUGAAAACACGCAUGCAGGAGUGAAAUUCUGUGAAAGUAAUCAGUGUGGAAAAGUCCUCAGCCUGAAACAAGGACUCAGUCACAAUCCAAAAUUUCCUGUUGGGGAGAAAGCAAAUAUGUGUGCUGAAUUUGGGAAGAUCUUCACCCAGAAGUCACACCUCUUUGCAACUCAGAGAAUUCAUACUGUGGAAAAACCUCAUGAACUUAGCAAAUGUGUAAAUGUUUUUACACAGAAGCCACUACUCAGUAUAUAUCUGAGAGUUCAUAGAGAUGAAAAACUAUAUAUAUGUACUGAAUGUGGGAAGGCAUUCAUUCAGAAUUCAGAAUUAAUUUUGCAUGAGAAAACUCAUACUAGAGAAAAACCCUAUAAAUGCAAUGAAUGUGGAAAAUCAUUUUUCCAAGUGUCAUCUCUACUUAGGCAUCAGACAACUCAUACUGGAGAAAAACUCUAUGAAUGCAGCGAAUGUGGGAAAGGCUUCUCCCUGAACUCAGCCCUCAAUGUACAUCAGAAAAUUCAUACUGGAGAGAGACACCACAAAUGCAGUGAGUGUGGGAAAGCCUUUACCCAAAAAUCAACACUCAGGAUGCAUCAGAGAAUUCAUACAGGAGAGCGAUCCUAUAUAUGUACUGAAUGUGGGCAGGCCUUCAUCCAAAAGGCACACUUAAUUGCACAUCAAAGAAUUCAUACUGGAGAGAAGCCUUUUGAAUGCAGUGACUGUGGGAAAUCCUUUCCUUCUAAGUCACAACUCCAGAUGCAUAAGCGAAUUCACACAGGAGAGAAACCCUAUGUAUGCACCGAAUGUGGGAAGGCCUUCACCAACAGGUCAAAUCUCAAUACUCACCAGAAAUCUCAUACUGGAGAAAAGUCUUAUAUAUGUGCUGAAUGUGGAAAGGCCUUCACUGACAGGUCAAAUUUCAAUAAACACCAGACAAUUCAUACUGGAGAGAAACCCUACGUUUGUGCUGAUUGUGGGAGGGCCUUCAUCCAGAAGUCAGAGUUAAUUACACAUCAGAGAAUUCAUACUACAGAGAAGCCUUAUAAAUGUCCUGAUUGUGAGAAAUCCUUCUCAAAGAAACCACAUCUCAAAGUACAUCAGCGAAUUCACACAGGAGAGAAACCAUAUAUAUGUGCAGAAUGUGGGAAAGCCUUCACUGACAGGUCAAAUUUCAAUAAACACCAGACAAUUCAUACUGGAGAUAAACCCUAUAAAUGUAGUGAUUGUGGAAAGGGCUUCACUCAGAAAUCGGUUCUGAGUAUGCAUCGCAAUAUUCAUACGUGAAAGUAACCCUGUUGCUUGAAAAUGAGACGGCCUUAUCACAGAAGUCAGGUCUAAGUGUAUAUUAUAAAAUUCACCCAAGACAGAUCUUAUGUGACAUUGCAUAAUAAAAAGCAUUCAUCAGGCUCUCUCACCUCAGAUGAGCAAAAUUUUUCAGAAUAGACCCUCUAAGAAUGCAUUGAAUGAAGGGGAAUUUCUAUAUUUGCACGGCCUCACAAUAUAUAAUAGAAUUCAAACUGGGAAAAAUGCUGUCUGUUUGAUGCAUUAGGAAAAACCUUCCUUUAGAAAGCAAACUGUUACUAAAUUCUUUAUAGAUGAAGUGUGCAAAAUUAUGUAAAUGACAGUCAUGUUUACUGUGUUAUGUUAAGUAAUUUAAAGUGGCAACUAAAUGAAAGGUAGGACAACAAAAUAAUAUAUUUGAUGUGUAAACCUACUCUCAGUUCUGUAGGGUGUUUGUGGCAGAACACAUUGUGCAACAGGAGGAAUAAUUGAAUUGAAAUUCUCUUUUUGAAUUUAAUACAGUUGUGUCUAUCAAGUAUGUUUCCAAUUGAAUAUUUCUCUCACUUGAAUCCACAAUUUCAAAGUCAUUAUGGUUUUGUAUAUACAUACAUCUGCAGAUAUAAUUUUACAUGAACACAUGAAUACGGUCCUAUCAUUCAUACUGGUUUUCAUGACAUCAUAUUUUUAUCUUCUUUCAUUGUGGUACAUUGGAAAAUGGCCGCAAAUUCCUCCCAUCCUUUUAUCCACAUCCCUUUGCAAUGUUACUCUUGUUUUUCUUGUUAAGAGGUAGAGUCUCUCUCUUUCUACUCCUUGACUCUGAGCUUGGCCAUGUGACUUGCUUUGUCCAGUGUACAUUAGCAAAGAGAUUCAAGAAGAGGCUGGAGAAGUGUGGAAGCCUGCCUUGAGGCUUACCCUCUCUUGCUGCUUUUUGGAAUUCUGAGACCUUUGUGUAAAGAAGCUCAGAUUCCUCUACAGGGGGAUGAGAAACCACAGGGAGCAGAGAUGACCCAGCCCAGCUGGAGCCUCUUAGACCAACUGCCAGACAUGGGAGUGAGGCCUUCCUCAACCUCCAUCCCCAGUCAAGCCGGCCCACACCAGAAGAGCUAUACCAGUUAUCCCAGCCAACCUGGAGAAUUGUGAGAUAAAUAAAAUGAUUAUUGUUUUAAGAUACUAAAUUUUGGGGUAGUUUGUUGCGCAGCCAAUGCUAAGUAAUACCUGAAAGUGUAUGCAUGUGAGGGGUAUUGUACCAAAACAUAAGACUUGUGGCAUUAGCUUUGGGCCUGAGUGGCAGGUGGAAACUGGAAAAACAAUGAGAAAAACUGUUAAGAAAGGCUGAAAAAGACAGCAGCCCAUGUUACUUAGUAAGGAAAAAAAUAGCAAAACAGUCAGCAUGCUCUGUGGGAAGAUAGAGAAUGUACCAAAUGAACUUGUGGGUCUGGUUAAAGAGAUUUCCAACAGAAUCUUGGAAGUAUCAGUUUGCUGCAUACGAUAAGGUACAGAAAGAGAUGAACCAAGAAAAAAACUGUUCCAUUUGCAAGCAGUAUUCAGAAGAAAUACAAAGAAGCCAGGACUUGGUGGGUUAGAAAAUAACUGUUUCACAUCUCUGGUCUCUCCAGGCAUCAAAAUAUUCUCAAGGUGAAAACAGGCCUCAGGGUGAGAUCAAAUCAUGGGUAUGGCGGGAAGACCUUUUGUUAAAAUGUGCAAAAUAUUUAAGUUGGUGUUUAGGAGACCCUCUCAGCUAAGCUAAACAGCUUCCAAAAACUUCAUGACAUUGUCCCCAGUAACCUGACACACUGCUCAAAGUAGAGAGGAGCCUGUCUUAAAAAGAAUUGUUGAUGUGGCAUUUGGAGCAUGGAGUACAUACAAACCAGAGUCAUGGAAAACCUGUAAAAUUUUUAAUAGAGUUUUACUAGCAAAACUACCUCCAGGUUGGACUUAAAGGGACUGAAACAGUCCAAAAUGAAAAGUGGCCUCUGGACUCCCCUCCCUAACUUCUGUGAACAGGAAGCAAGCUAAGAAAGUUACUCAGCUGUAAGCAUGGGCCAUUUCUUAUGGGAAUAUAAGGAUGUCUCAGAGAGAAGACCCAAGAAAAAUAUAUUAAAAUAGACUGGGAAGCCAUUCCCAGGUACACGUAUGACCUUAUCAGGAAACAUUAUCUGCCCCUGGAGCAGGGGGACCUGACAACAUUUUCUCUGUGGGACGUCUCAGUUGUUAUGGGACAGUGGCUGAUAAUGUGCUUCUUGUUCCUCCCUCUUUUGAAUGAGAGUUUCUAUUGUAGUAUCCAUCCCUGUGUCACCAUUGUGUAUGUGGGGGGUGUGUGUGUGUGUGUGUUGGGUCAGGGUGAGGAGGUGGUCAUAUAACUUGUCAUUUAGCUCACAGGUCUCUGGAUCAAGAAACAGAAAUGGCACCCAAGGAGCCUCAGCCACAUCUGAACCUGAUACAGAAGACUUGAGGUCCUGGAUUUGAGCCUGAUGCCAUAAUUUGGGCUGAGACAUUUGGAGGUCUUGGAAUGGGGGUGAACGUAUUUUGCAUGGUGUGGUAAUGAAAAUGAUUUAUGACCAGAAGAUAGACUGUGUUAGAUUUUAAAAUGCUACAAAUUUCUCCCAUCCCUAUAUAUGCCCCCUUUCAAUCUUUAUUUCUCUUUGUGUUUCAGUUGGGGUAAUUUCUAUUGACAUAUCUUCAAGUUCACUGAUUUAACCCCUACCCUGGCUCUGUCAGGUCUACUGAUGAACCCAUAGAAGGCAUUCUUCAUCUCAGUUAUGUUUUCUUUUUUACUUCUAGUAUUUCCAUUCGACUUCUACAGUUUUCAGCUUUCUGCUGAAAUUCCUUAUCUGUUCAUACCUGUUGUUCACAUUUUCCACUGUCCUCUUUAACAUAUUAAUCAUUGUUUUUGUUUUUUUUUUUUAAAGAUUGGCACCUGAGCUAACA